AAUGGGCAGAAAAAAGAUUUCAAUAACUAAAAUAGAAGACAGACAAUAAAGAAAUGUAUGUUCUUAAAUAUGGUUUAGAUUACAUUUCAUAAAAGGAAGAUAGGUUUACUAAAGAAGGCAUAUGAAUUGGCUUCUUUGUGUGGUGUUUAAAUUUAUAUGGUUUUCAAUGAUCUAUGUAAGAAAUCGGCUAAUCUUUAUUUUCUUAGAGGGAAAUGCCAUUCAUUUUAGAACCGAAGAAUUAAAUUAAAUUGAAAAUAACGAUAAAAAGAAGUAUUUAUUGACUCCAAAGGAUGUAAAAUAUUAAUUCUUACAUCAGUACCCUAAAUUUGUCACUCGUUCUAAGAAUAAAGUGAAUGCUCAGUUAAAAGAUUUGCCUAUAACACCAUUAAAAUUAGUCACAGAUCUAAUGAUAAAUGAAGAGCCAUUAAUAUCUCGUUAUUCAGUUUAAAGUAGGCAAUUUUUCCCAAUUUAUAAACCAAAAACUAAUAAACCUAUAAUUGAAAAUAACACAUGAAUAAUAAUAAUAUUUAAUUGAAUUAUAAAUAUAAAUAGCAAACUCGAUGGAUGUGAGAAGAAUCUUAAAAAUAGGACUUUGAGAAUUACUCUCAAUCUAAAAUGUAGAUGAAAACUUUUAAUUAAGUUAAGAUAAUGGAUGUAAUAAAAAAUUAACAUUAUUAGAUUACUAUGGUAAUGCAAAUAAUUUAUAAAAAGUUUUGAUAUUCUCCCAUCUUCAAAAUUAUCUAAAAAUAAGGCAGAA